GAUGCCAUGACCGUACGUACCUUAUCACUAUCUCUAUUUUGAACCCAACCCAUGAUCGGAACGCAGUUCUCUCUCUACUGGAAGCAGAGAGACAGAGCCAUGAACAAGUACUGUAAGCUUUCGAUGAUCACUUCACUGGUUCUGUUCAUGGUUACAAAGAUUAUGGUGGUGGGUGGUGAUCAAGCUCAUGAUCGCAUACCCACAACUCUGGAAGGCCCUUUUAAGCCUUCAACACGGCGCUUCGACCCAUCUCUCCGCAGAGGAAGUGAUGACUUGCCCAUGGACCAUCCCAGGCUCAAGAAGAAUGUCACCCUCAAUUUCCCUGAACAAAUUUCACUUGCAAUAUCUUCACCUGCUGCAAUGUUGAUUUCUUGGGUUACUGGGGAUGCCCAGAUCGGGGAAAAUGUGACACCACUUGAUCCUUCAAAGGUUGGGAGUGAGGUGUGGUAUGGCACAAAGAGGGGCAAGUAUGAGAGUGUGAGGAAAGGGGUUGCUGAGGUUUACAGUCAAUUGUACCCAUUUCAAGGCCUGUUAAAUUACACAUCUGGCAUCAUUCAUCAUGUUAGGAUUGAUGGUCUUAAACCAGGAACAAAGUAUUACUACAAGUGUGGGGAUAGCUCCAUCCCUGCCAUGAGUGAAGAGCAUGCCUUUGAAACUUUACCUUUGCGUAGCCCAAACACGUAUCCUCGCCGAAUAGCUGUUAUUGGAGAUUUAGGUCUAACAAGCAAUACCACUACAACUGUUGACCAUUUGAUCCAGAAUGAUCCUUCAAUGAUUGUAAUGGUUGGAGACUUAAGUUAUGCAAACCAGUACCUUACAACUGGUGGUAAAGGAGCUUCAUGCUUUUCAUGUGCAUUCCCAGAUGCACCUAUCAGAGAAACAUACCAACCCCGCUGGGAUGGGUGGGGAAGAUUCAUGCAGCCAUUAACGUCACGAGUCCCAAUGAUGGUUAUUGAGGGAAACCAUGAGAUUGAACCUCAAAUAGCUGGAAUUACUUUCAAAUCCUAUUUGGCAAGGUUUGCAGUUCCAUCUGAGGAAUCUGGUUCUAAAACCAACUUCUACUACUCUUUUGAUGCUGGGGGAGUGCAUUUCAUCAUGUUGGGAGCAUAUGUUGAUUACAAUGCUACAGGUUCACAGUAUGCUUGGCUUAAAGACGAUCUACAUCGAGUAGACCGGUCGGUGACCCCAUGGCUUGUAGCUGCAUGGCAUUCACCUUGGUACAAUAGUUACUCUUCUCAUUACCAGGAAUUCGAGUGCAUGAGACAGGAAAUGGAACCACUUCUUUAUCAAUAUGGUGUUGAUGUUGUUUUCUCUGGUCAUGUGCAUGCUUAUGAGCGAAUGAAUAGACUAUAUAACUAUACAUUAGAUCCAUGUGGACCUGUUUAUAUAACAGUUGGAGAUGGUGGAAAUAUUGAGAAAGUUGAUGUUGAUUUCGCUGAUGACCCUGGAAAGUGUCCUUCAGCUGGAGACAACAUACCUGAAUUUGGAGGGGUAUGUCAUCUGAACUUUUCUUCUGGGCCAGCUAAAGGGAAGUUUUGUUGGAGCGAACAGCCAGAGUGGAGUGCUUUCAGAGAAAGCAGCUUUGGUCAUGGAAUACUUGAGGUUCUGAAUUCUACAUAUGCUCUAUGGACUUGGCACAGGAAUCAAGAUACUUAUAAGGAGGAUAGCCAUGGCGAUCAGAUCUACAUCGUUAGACAACCUGAAUUGUGCUUUCCAAAUUUCAGUCCAUCAGUCGUGCAGUCUUUGACCUCAAUCUCUGCUCCUGCACCCCACUCUCUGGUGCUUGCUCUCUCCUUGUCUCUCAUUCCUCUCCUAUUGAAAGUAGUCUCUUGUGCUCUGUAACUGUGCCGUGCUUCUUCAUAAAAAAUCUGGGGUAGCUGAAAUUUGAAGUAUCAAUAUUAGGACCGGUGCAGCAGCUUCUUUGAUUUUCCUACAACUUACGGCUCUCAUAUACUCCAAACAUUUAAUCAUAAAAGUUUAUAAACUAUUGGAUCAAUAUGCAGAAACUUAGUGUGAUACAAGUCAAUGAAGUCAUUCGCCGUUUCUGAUACAAUUAGUUUGAUCAGUGUGUUGUACGUUACACUCUGGGAACGAUGAAAAAAAUGGAUGAAUACCAGAAUGGCUGAGAAAAUUUGGUUUUUGUUAUAUUGGUACCAUUGUCGGCCGUAGCAUAAUACUCAUCCAGAAAGUAGAACUGUAGAGAUUCCACAGCCGGUUGCAGUCUCUUCCAUUCUUCCUCCAAACAUAAUGCCUACUUAAAUUGGUAAUAUAAAGGCCUUGUUCUGCAAAUAAUUUACCCCUAUCAGAGCAAUGACGGAUAAAAAAAGGUGGCCAAAUUGUAAUUGCAUCACUUGAUGAGCAGAAUAGGAGUAAUUUAGCUUCUUCAUGUGACAGAUUUGUUUCAGUAAAGCAACAACACCAUGUUCCUCAAUGCCAAUUUUUAUUGAUUUGGCGCUC